UUACAACGGAAAUAUUUAUUUUAUUUUGCCAAAAAUGAAAAUAAACUCAGUUGUGCGGGUAUUGCAGUGAGGUACACAUCAUCACCUCCAUCAUAAGGAAAAAAAUCAAAAACCAAAAACGUCCGGCUAGAUAAAAUAUAAAGAAAAUAACUUAUGCAAGGCCUAGAAAUAUAAAAAAACCAAUUAGUUUUUUUUAAUAUAAAAGAAGUGAAACAAAAUUAAUAAUAAUUACAAAAAUAACUAUAAACUUAAAUAUUAUUUAAACAAAAAAUCAAGGUUGUUAUCCAAAAUACACUUUGCUUUACGAAAAAGAAAAAAUUCAAAGCAAUUUCAAAACCAACAACUGUUAUUGUGAAUGUACAGCACCUGCAACACCACAAUUUAGGAAAAGUAAAUGUUUGGCGUAUGUGUCUUGGCCUAAAAUAUUUACAAAUUCUUUAUCAAUUAAACAAAUCUACCAAACAAAUUUCAUUUAUUUAAUUGAUUUCCAUUUGAAAAAAAAACUAAAAACAAAACAUGGAUAAUUGGAAUGUUUUGGCAGCACAAACCUCUUCAUCGGCCAUAGGAAGAGAUGACAUAAAUAUACAAUCGAAAGAGAAACUAACAAUUGAAAAAUUACCGGAUAAAGUAAUUCUGCAAAUCUUUUCGUAUCUCUCACAUCGUGAAAUAUGUCGUUUGGCCAGAGUAUGUCGUCGUUGGCGUAAAAUUGCCUACGAUACUCAACUAUGGAAAAAUGUCUCCUUAAGACCAGAAAUUUCUGGUUUGCAUGUGGGUUCAUUGGAAUCUUUACUUUCGCUGAUUUCGGUGCGUUUUGGUCCCACUCUACGCUAUAUAGAAUUACCCAUCGAAUUGAUUACACAUACUGUACUGCAUGAACUGUCAUCCAAAUGUCCCAACUUGACACAUAUGCUUUUGGAUUUCUCCACUGCCAUGCAACUUCAUGAUUUCAGUGAAAUGCAAGCUUUUCCCACCAAGUUGCGUUACAUGUGCAUUUGUCUGUCAGAAGUCAUCUUUAUGGAAGGUUUCAUGCGUAAAAUUUACAAUUUCAUCAAUGGUCUAGAGGUGUUGCACUUGAUUGGUACCUAUGAGAAGUGUGAGGAGGAGGAAGAGGAAAUUUAUGAAGUUAUCAAUGUUCACAAGCUGAAGUCGGCCACUCCUAAUUUGCGUGUCAUCAAUUUGUAUGGCAUUAAUUUCAUUGAUGAUUCUCAUAUUGAUGCUUUCAGUUCCAAUUGUAUUCAACUGGAAUGUUUGGCGGUAAAUUUCUGCAAUAAAGUUACUGGUUCCACUUUGAAAACUUUGAUACAACGUUCUAAACGUUUGACCUGUUUGCUAAUGAAUGGCACUAGCUUGAAAUCGGAGUUUGUUAUGCAGGCUGAUUGGGAUAAGUGCGCUUUACAGGAACUGGAUAUUACUGCCACAGAUUUGUCCACUGAGUGUUUGGUGGACAUGUUGACACGUAUACCUAAUUUGAAAUUUUUAUCAGCUGGUCAAAUUAAUGGUUUUAAUGAUACCGUUUUGAAACAAUGGAUGGAAUCGGGCAUGACUAGAUCUUUAAUUUCUUUGGAUUUGGACUCUUCGGAUAAUAUUACAGAUGAUGCUUUACAAAAGUUUUUAACACGUCAUGGCCAGCAAUUGGCCGCCUGUUGCCUUUCUGGUAUGCCUCAUAUUACCGAUCAAUUAUGGAUGAGUGUCUUGCCGGUUUUAUCUAAUGCCAAGAUUAUUGUUAUGGGUACUGCUGAAAAACUGGGUGUCAAUAUUCAUGUUGAUCAGUUGAUGGACACGAUUGCUUCCAGCUGUGGUAAUUUGGAGCGUUUGGAAUUGAGAUGGGAUCCUGAUAACUUACGUUUUUCGGACAAAAGUCAAAAGGCCAUUGAUUUAUUGCGUGUGAAAUGUUUGAAAUUGCGUUGCAUGGUCUUGAGUGAUGGUCGUUAUUAUGAAACGGUUAAGGCCAACUUUGAACGUGCUGAUCGUGUAACUGUAGUACGCACCACCACCUGUUGCCGUGUUUCACCAUAUCAUUUACUCAGUAAUUACAAUGAUUUGAUCUUUAAUUAAUCAUAUCGAACAAAAAAAGAAUUUAACGAAAUAGCAAAAACUACUUGCUAAAUGACAAUUAUAUAGAGAAAUUAAACGAAUUUAUUAAUUUUUUUUUUGUUUGUUUUUAAUAAUAAUUCAUUAUUUUUUAAUAUUUCCAUCCUUAUAUAUUUUUUACAAUAAUAUGAAUUUACUUGUUUCCGUUAGUUGAUUGGGAUUUGUUUGUGAGUCUAUUGAGAGCAGGGAGAGGGGUUGAUGAAAUGUAGUUGUAAUACGGGAUGUAUUCGUGUUUAUAUUACUUCGUUUUACAAAAUUAUUUCUAAAACUUUUACGCUGUUCUGGUUACAUCUCUACUCGAUAUACUUUGUUUAAAUUUAGCUUUUAUUUCUAUGUUUUUUUUAUAUUUUAUUUUGUUAUUUUUGUGUAAUUGAUUAAAAAAUAUACAUUGCUAAUGUUGUUUGUUUAUGUUCUGCUUAAGAUUUCAUCAUGAUCAGACUUCACAAUAUUUUCUUUGUUAUUUUGUUUUUAAUAAUAAUUUUAUUUAUAUUUUAGUUUAUUAUUUAAAUUAAUUAUAUUUUAAUUGUUUUUAAACCAUACAACACAAUUACAAUAGAAGUUGGGGGGCAGGGUUUGUGGAGAGAUGAGAGAAAUACAAUUUUUGUUUUAAAUAUUUUCUAAAAAUCCAGCUGCCUUUAGUGUUAUUAAAUGUUAAAAGUGUCUUUUAAAGAAUGCUGUUUAGAAACUCAUUAUGUUUUUAAUAAAAUUAACUUAUUUUGAAAUAAAGCUCUAAA